AUGCAAAGAUUACCAAUUCAAUCCGACCCUGUAAAUUUCACUGAUUUUCAUAAAUCAAUGAAAGUUAAACCACGUUCAGUCGAUUACAAUAUAUUAUAUUUUGAUCUAAAAUCAAAAUGUAGAAAGAAGAAGUUUUAUGGAGAAAUUUUAUUUGAUGAUAAAAUUGAAAAGUGGGAGGAAUAUGGUAAAUAUAAGAAAGACCCAACUAAUCGUCUACUUAUCUCUUAUGAGGAUGCUCUUCGUUGGAAUAAUACAACAUCACAAGUCAACGAAUAUUUAUUAACGGCAUGCCGCUAUUCAAAUUUAUAUACCAAAAAAAAAAAUAUUAAUAGAAAUGCGUUGGAAACUAAUGAGGAAAAAUGUAAAAAGGUUGUCAUGAAUGAAUUAUUAUCGAUUCUUCCCUAUUUUGAGGAGAUUUCAAAUGAAAAGUUUACGUUGAGACUUUGGGAAGAUUUGAAAACAAUCAUUUCAAGAUAUGUCCUUAUAUUUCCUUGGGCUUUGUUAUUGACAGUUUAUAAGCUAAAAAAUGAAAUCAUUAUUAAAUGCUAUAGUAAUUGCAAAAAUUCUCCCCAAGAUAAGAAGGUUGAAUAUCAUUUUAAUCAACACCCCAUAUACGUUACCACUUUAAGCAAAAACGAGAUUUUACAUUUGCAAAGUAAUUUUAAUUUCAAAACUAACAUUGUGGAUGAGUUAGAUGAAUAUUUAAUUGACCGUAUUGAGUAUCUACAUAAAAUUUACAAUAGACUGCAUAACCUUGAUCUGAAAAAUAUAAGUUCUGAUCUGUUUUUCUUUGAUACUACUUCAUAUACCAAUGUAACUAAAACUAACACAGGUAUUGCGAAUAAUAAUGUAGCAAAUAUCAGAUUUGUCAAUGAAUAUCAAUUUGAUAAUAAAACUAAUAAAAAAGACUGUACAUAUGAUGUUGAUAUCAAAUGUUUUGAUCCCACGAAAGAAAAUGGUGAAACUAAAGAAAAUUACCAAAUGUAUUUAUAUAAAAGCCUUCUAAACCAUAAAGACCUAUAUUGGGAUGUAACAAAUGAUAACUGUUGUUCCUGGAAUAGAAAAUUACAAAUAAUUGAAGAUAAAAUAAUAAAGAACAACGCACAUUUAACCCAUGGUUUUCAUAGAAAUCAUGAUUUCUUUCAAUAUUCAGGAAUAUCGCAACAACUUCACGAAAAACAAGUUUAUAAUCUUAGAGGUAUUUAUAAUGAACUUAGAAUAAAUACUGGAUACAGUUAUAGAGAUUGUGAUUAUAUGAAACUGGAUAGGAUUGGGUUAAUGAACAUAUUUUACGAUUUGAUUCCUUGCUUUUUCCAAAAACAGUCAGACAGUAAUUUAUUGCAAUGUUGGAAACUUCUGCUCAAUGUCAUACAUACAUACGGAGUAGAGUUUCCGUGGGCUUUAUUUUUCUCUUUACUAGAGUUAAGAUCAAAGCUAAGUCACAUCAACCCAAACUUCUACCACAAUAAUAAAAAGAAAACCACGAUAAUAAAAUCCCUUCAUACAUUCACAGGUUUAUUCAGGAAAUGCCGACCCAAUAUACAUAUUAUUAUUCAAAUGACGGAUACUUUAAAGCUUUCAUUCUUUGUCAUUUGGACAAUUACUUAA